AUGUCUGUGCAUGACAGCGAGAGGACCCCUGUGGGCCUGGUCGCCUCGUCUGCUCCAACCGACACGGCAAGCCGAGAGCAGCUGCAUCCUUCUCAGCCGGAUGCAGAUCGUUGCUUGCGAGCUGCUCCCGAUGUCAGCGCAGACCAUGGCGACGAGCUGGACGCAGUCAACUUUUUGGCCAGCUUCUACAGCUGGCAGAAACGGUACUUCAGCUCGCUCGCCUCUGCCAAGAGCGGGUCUCUCCAUCGGAGGGAAGUAUGUCCGACGACCACAAUCCGUCACGGACCUGAAAGCCCGCACUUUGUACCAUUGCGGAGAGAAAUGCUACGCAUUCUCGACACAUACCUGGGCCCUGCAGAGAGCGAAGCGCCCAAACAGUCGCACCGGAACGAACCCGACAGACAUCAUGCCAGUCCUCGCCUCGCAUGGAUGCUCGAUCUUGGGCUGAUUCCAGAAAGCACCAUUCGUGCUGCCCGCGUCGCCGCUCUCAUAUCAAUGCAACCGGAUGCGUUUGGAGAGACAGUCCAAGCGGUCGUAUCGUAUCUCAACUGUCAUGUCGUUCCUGCGUUCUUCUUCUCAAAGGCCAAGAAUCUCAGCAAGCACACAGAGCGUGGGCGACUAGGCGUCGGCAUCACUUGCACCGUAGUUGCCAUCCUCUUCUCCGUCCUCUUGGCGCUGAAACCGUCUCCGCUCUACGUCGGUCCUCAUAGUUCUGGCACGGUCUCGCGGUGGUACCGCCUGCUCCUCGCUCCUUUGUGGUGCGCAGGGAUAGGUUACUCAAUGGCCGCUUGGACUGGAAUCUGCGUCUGGCUCAGCUUGCGAGGCAAGCGUGAGCCUGCAGAGCCAGAGAUUAUCCAUCGUGGAGCCGAGAUCCUUUCGGUGCUCGAGUCUGGUGACGAAGAUGCGCUCUCCGAGCGCAUCCUUGCCGAGGAGCAGGAUCGAUCAGCUCGACAACGCUGGAUGGCACCAGAAUUGGAGUCACUCCUGACGCGUAUGCAUUUAUGGAGAGCGCGGCCUGCAUCGCAGGCACUGUCGUCCACAAGCAGAGCAGAUGCUUUUUCUGCUGCUUCUUUACCCACAAGCCAACCCUCGCAGCUGCUGCAAUUUGCAGCCUCAGGGGCCGAAUCUCUUGGGUCUACUGCAGCUCGGCAAAAGACCGAAGAUCUUUCAUCCGCCGCGAGUCCGCCGACGAGCCCCAUUAUGGCGCCCUCUCCGCCUGCAUUACUUCUUGCAAGUCCUUCGCUCAAGUCGCGGCGCAUCCCGGUCUUGCCUUUCGAGGUCGCACUGAUCGGCAAGCCAACCUUCUUUGCUGAUCUAGGUGCUGGUGCAGCAACGACCGCAUUACCACCAUCGCAGCAAGCGCAGACGCAUAAUACCCCUACUACCUCUGUCAUGUCCAUGGCUGGAACCAACCCUGGCUGGAUGCGUGUUGCCGUGGAUGUCUCUGCGAUGCGCAGUGCCUGGACACGAGUCAAGCAAGCCACCGGUUUCGCCGUCCACACCGAGCCGGUUCUAGACGAAAAUUUGCGACGGGAACAGCAAAAAGCAGCACUCCGCGCGCUCUGUAUCUGCUUUCUUCUGACCGUCGUGGUGCUGGUCAUGACCGUUGCGGUGCCUUAG